AUGGCAGCUGCGUCACGGGCGGCGAGCACCGCUCGUGCCGUGCAAUCAGAACCGUCCUCACGCGACCGCAUCGCUGAGGCACUCUACGAAUGGUGUCGCAAUGAGAAACCUGUUGGCCAUGUUUUCAACCAGGAUAAUCUGCUCGACUCAGGCAUCAUACCAAACCGCGAUGGAAAUAUACUUAUGACGGCUAUUCAGCAUCUCACUCGCAAGAAUCUCUUCCGGACGCACGAUGUCAAAGGUACUGGAGGCAUCGGCUGGGAACUUGUUUCGCAGGAAAGAGCCGCAAACUACAUAGGACUCACACGCGAAGAGACUCUCAUUUUUCAGCACAUCGACGCUGCAGGCAAUGCAGGAAUAUGGACCAAGCUGAUCUUGAAGCGCGUUAUGGCGCAUCAAAAAGUACUCGAACGGACAUAUAAGAGUCUGGAGGCAAAGGGCAGAAUCCGACCAAUGAAGAGCGUCAUGUAUCCGCAGAGGAAGAUGUACAUAGUCGCAGGUCUACAGCCUGGUGAAGAUGCCACAGGAGGUGCCUGGUUCAACGAAGAAGGAAAGCUGGACACUCAGCUCCUAGACGGAGUUACCUUGUGGCUGGAGAAGCACGUCUCGGAUCGAAGUUGGGUCGCUGUCCGCCCACCUGACCAAGAUGAUGAUCGCGGUCAGACCUGGAACCAGCCUUCCCUGGGCAAGGGCAAGAGCACGGCCGCCUCGAUCGACGACGAUGGCUCGUUCGAUGUCCCCGGACGCGAGCCGUCGAAAAGUCUCAACACCAGCCAGGUCGCCAAAGGUGCUCGCUUUCCUCCAACGGCGGUUGCCAAAUUACUGGACGUCAUGGUCUACGAUGAGAAAUUGUACAAGGUCUAUCGACAACGUCACAGCAACGAGCUCGCCGGAGAUGCCGUCGAUGAUAGAAUCGUCAUGUACCGCUCCUACCGAAGCCCUGGAGAGCUCGACAGGACCUAUCAUAUGGCGAGAACGGCAGAGACUGCUGAGAGCGGGAGUGCGAGGAAGGCUGCACGGCGGCAGCUUGAACUCGAAGAAGUCAUUCAAGGUGGUGGUGCAAGCGAGGUUCCUUGCCUGAGAUGUCCGACUUUUGAUUUGUGCGGCGAUGGAGGACCUGUCAAUGUUGCAACAUGCCCUUACUUCGACGAAUGGUAUCUCCGAGUUGCAAGAACUGAUCGUGACAACCGCUCAGAGUGGGCUGAUUCGGAGGACUUCAUCAAGAUCGGUGAUCGGAAGCAGCAAGAGCGAGAGCGAGUUGAGGCCUUAUCCUUGCCGAAGCAGAUGGUGCAGUUGUCCACUGAGGCCAUGGACACAACCUGA